GGCGCGGCGGGGGCGGCGCGGGCGCUGCCCGGCGGGGCGGGCGGUCCCGUCCCCGCUGCCCGCGGCCCGUCCCCGCUCCCCGCGGCCCGGCUGCGCCGUGUGGCAGCGCCUCUGUCAAUCAGCCUGACUUCACUCCGCACGCCCUGUGCUUCCAGUACUAUACCCCCGCCGCCUCCUGGUGUCUCUGCUUCGCUGCGAGCCGGGAGCGCGGCCGCCACUGCCGCUGCGGCUGCGGCUGGGCGAAUGCGCGGGCGGCGGGGCGCGGGGCAGCGCUGAGAGCGCGGAGCGGGGCUGCCGCCUGGCCCGCCCCGGCUGCGGGCAGCCCGGGCGCCGGCCCCCGCGUCUGGCCGGGGCCGCCGCGAUGGACCCUCCCGCGGGCAUCGCCUGCGUCCUGCUCUGCUGCGCGCUCGCCCUGCCGGCCGGCGCCCUGCGGCGCCCCGGGGACAGAGAUUCGAUCCUGAGGAAUAUAGAGGAGUACAGCCUUGUCAUCCCCACAAGCACCGACUCAGAGGGCAGGUUCCUGUCCCACUUGGUGUCCGGACCGCCAAAAGCACGCUUCAGGAGGGCUGUGGAAGACUUGCAUCAUGAAGCAGCAAAUGAGCAGAUCUUUUACAAUGUCACAGUUUUUGGAAGAGAGUUUCACUUCAGGUUGCGGCCAAACUCCAGGCUCGUGGCCCCCGGAGCAACAGUUGAGUGGCAGGAGGACUCUGAGGAGACUCGUAUUGAACCUCUCUAUGGGAAUUGCCUCUAUGUUGGGGAUAUCACUGAUCUGCCAAAUGCUUCAGUGGCUAUCAGCAAUUGUGAUGGACUGGCUGGCAUGAUCCGCACGGACAAGGACGAGUUCUUCAUCGAGCCUCUGGAGAGGGGGGCCCAGGAGGAGGAGGAGGGAGGAGGAAGGACACACGUGGUGUAUCGCAGAGCUGCUGCCAGGAGGCAGCUUCCUACCGAGAACCUGGAUACUGUGUACAGAGGCUCCAACCUCACUGGUUUGGACAGUCUGGGCAGUGCCCUGGGCCUCGUUGGGGAGCGGGUGCAGAGAGCGCGGCAGCGCUGGCGCAGGCACGCGACAGAGGAUGACUACAACAUCGAGGUCCUCCUGGGGGUUGAUGACUCAGUUGUUCAGUUCCACGGGAAAGAACACGUUCAGAAGUACCUGCUGACCUUGAUGAAUAUUGUUAAUGAAAUUUAUCAUGAUGAGUCCCUGGGUGCUCAUAUUAACGUUGUCUUGGUGAGGAUAAUCCUGCUGAGCUACGGCAAGUCAAUGAGUCUGAUAGAGAUUGGGAACCCCUCCCAAAGUCUGGAGAACGUGUGUCGCUGGGCCUACUUGCAGCAGAAACCCGACACGGGGCACGCCGAGUACCACGACCACGCCAUCUUCCUCACCAGGCAGGAUUUUGGUCCAUCAGGCAUGCAAGGCUACGCUCCCGUCACUGGGAUGUGCCAUCCUGUCCGAAGCUGCACUCUCAACCAUGAAGAUGGAUUUUCAUCUGCAUUUGUGGUGGCUCAUGAAACUGGACAUGUUUUAGGAAUGGAGCACGAUGGCCAAGGGAACCGCUGCGGGGACGAGGUCCGGCUGGGCAGCAUCAUGGCCCCCCUGGUGCAGGCUGCCUUCCACCGCUUCCACUGGUCCCGCUGCAGCCAGCAGGAGCUGAACCGCUACCUCCAUUCCUACGAUUGUCUGCGGGAUGAUCCCUUUGAACACGACUGGCCUUCCCUUCCACAGCUGCCAGGGAUUCACUACUCCAUGAACGAGCAGUGCCGAUUUGACUUCGGUCUGGGAUACAUGAUGUGCACAGCUUUCCGUACGUUUGAUCCCUGCAAGCAGCUGUGGUGCAGCCACCCUGAGAACCCCUAUUUCUGCAAAACAAAGAAAGGGCCUCCGCUGGACGGGACCAUGUGUGCACCAGGCAAGCAUUGCUUUAAAGGUCACUGCAUCUGGCUCACACCAGACAUCCUGAAGCAGGAUGGGCACUGGGGGGCAUGGAGCAAGUUUGGCUCCUGCUCCCGCACGUGUGGCACCGGGGUGAAGUACAGGACCCGGCAGUGUGACAACCCACAUCCUGCCAACGGCGGCCGCACGUGUGUGGGGCCGAGCUACGAAUUCCAGCUGUGCAACACCCAGGACUGUCCCAAGGAGCUGGAGGACUUCAGAGAGGAGCAGUGCCGGCAGUGGGACCCUUACUUUGAGUACCAGAACACCAAACACCACUGGCUCCCCUAUGAACACGUUGAUGCUAAGGAGAGGUGCCACCUGUACUGCGAAUCCAAGGAGACAGGGGAUGUGGUGUACAUGAAGAGGAUGGUGCACGACGGGACGCGCUGCUCCUACAAGGAUGCCUACAGCAUCUGCGUGAGGGGCGACUGCCUCAAAGUUGGGUGUGACAGGGUCAUAGGUUCCACGAAGCAGGAAGAUAAGUGUGGUGUCUGUGGAGGAGAUAAUUCCCACUGCAAAGUGGUGAAAAGAACAUUUUCAAGAGUACCAAAAAAGCAAGGGUAUGUUAAGAUGUUUGAAAUUCCUGCUGGUGCAAGACAUUUACUCAUACAGGAAACAGAUGCCACCGCUCAUCAUCUUGCUAUUAAAAAUCGUGAAACGGGGAAAUUCAUUCUAAGUGAAGACAACUAUGUGCCAGACUCCAAAGUAUUUAUUGACAUGGGUGUGGAGUGGGAAUAUCGGAAUGACGACGACAGAGAGACGGUGCAGACCAUGGGGCCGCUGCGAAAUGGAAUUGUUAUUCUGGUGAUUCCUCAUGGUGGUGCCAAGAUAUCUUUGACUUACAAGUACAUGAUCCAUGAAGAUUCCUUGAAUGUAGAUAACAAUAAUGUUGUGGAAGAUUCGUACGAAUGGGCUUUGAAGAAAUGGUCUCAGUGUUCAAAACCUUGUGGAGGAGGCUUCCAGUUCACCAAGUACGGCUGCCGCAGGAAGGCGGACCACAAGAUGGUUCAUCGGAGCUUCUGCGAGCUGAUCCAGAAGCCCAAGCCCAUCCGCAGGGUGUGCAACCUCCAGGAGUGCUCCCAGCCCAUAUGGGUGACAGGAGAGUGGGAGCCUUGCAGCAGGUCCUGUGGGAAGACGGGGUACCAGGUGCGCUCUGUGCGCUGCAUCCAGCCCCUGCACGACAACACCAACCGCUCCGUGCACACCAAGUACUGCAGCAGCGACCGCCCCGAGGGCAGGAGGCCCUGCAACAGGGAGCUGUGCCCGGCACAGUGGAGAAUAGGACCCUGGUCACAGUGCUCAGUCAGCUGUGGCAAUGGCACCCAGGACCGCCCGGUGCUGUGCCGGACCAGGGACAACGCCGUGGGCCUGUGCCAGGACAGCAAACCAGAGAGCGUCAGGAUCUGCAGGCUACCUCCGUGUCCCAGAAACGUUUCUGAUCCUUCAAAGAAAACCUACAUGAUACAAUGGCUGUCAAGACCCGAUCCAGACUACCCCAUCCAGAAAAUAUCUUCAAAAGAUCAUUGUCAAGGAGACAAGUCAAUGUUUUGUCGCAUGGAAGUUCUCUCCCGUUACUGCUCCAUUCCUGGGUACAAUAAGCUGUGUUGCAAGUCCUGCAACACCUACAGCAAUGCAACAGAGGAUGGCAACACAACCAAUGCCAACGUAAAUAAGAAUAAUAUCAUUGAGGAGGAGCUCCUGACCACCAGCACCCCUCCCGUGGCAGUGACCACCACACAGCCUGCCACCAGCCCUCCUCUGCUUCCCAAAACACGGGCACCCCCUUCCAAUGCAACCGAGGAGCACCCAGAAAUAAACACAGUGGAUGUUCCCUAUAAAGUUGAUGGGUUGGAUAACGAAGUACCACAGCACAACAUCAUCACACGGAGGAGGCCUUAUGAAAGGACAAGGAAUCAAAGAAUUCAGGAGCUGAUCGCUGAGAAAAUGAAAAAAGAGACUCUUAGGAAAAUAAACUAAAAUGGAGAUAUGGCACAAACAACAUUUUUCUCUUAUAGAGAUGUUACCAACAUCAUAGUAUUGCCCGUCGUAGAGACUAAAAAUGGGGGAAAAUCGAAGUGGUGCUAUGGCAGAGAUACCAGAUUCUCAAGCCUACUAUAAAUGGAAAUGACAGAUUGUUUCAUAAGUGCUAAUCUGAACACUUUGGUGGCUAGGGUAGGUGUACAGGCUACGGCAGAGUAUUAGUGCAAUAUCCCUACAGUGUGCCACUGAAUCCAAACAAACCACAUUACUUAGGCCAGGUUAGCAGGUUUCUCAGUUACAGGCUCUUUAAAGUCUUCUAUGCCUGUGUAAAACUGCUGGGGAAUAGUGAUGGGAGUCACACUUAGUAUGGAAGAAAGCAGUCCCAAGACUUAAUAAAUCCCUUUAACUCUGACAAGCAGGGGGUCAGCACUCCUGUGAUGCUUCUGUGCCUUGCACAACCCUGGCACAAACGCAGCCACUUCGGGAAGCUCCUGAGGACGUGCCAGGCUGGGUUUGGCUGACCUUGGCAGAGCUGCCUCUGUGGUCACAGCUCGGCAUGUGCUCACGUAGCUUCCUGAACCAGGGCUGUGUAAGAAAAUACGGAGAGAAUUCUGUAGCCAUAUAUUUAUGUGUAAAUUAAAAACUGACAAACAGUAGUUUACAUACUUCCAUAAACAGUUUCAAAGGAUUCUCCUAAACUUUUGGAUACAUACAAGACAUGUAGGAGGGUAGGUCUGGCCAACUUGGACUGACAACAUCCUAGUCUUUCUGUUUACAAUUAUCCAUAUUUUUUAUAGUCUUUAAGUUCCUGUAAUGCAAUAGCCUCAGUGACCCUUAUUGGUUGGUGCUUUUUUUAUUGGUCUGAUUUUUUUCUACCCACAUUCUGUUUAACUUAAAGAUGACUGGAUUCUUGUUGUCUUCUCUUUGGUGCUUUGUUAAGACAAUUUUUUUUUCCCCCACAUAGGAUGCAGUUAUUUUUGAGGAAUUAAUUUUGUAUUAUCUUCCUUUCCUUAGGACAGCUUUAUUGGUGCAGAAGUGAACAACUGAUUGCUGUGCCCUUACAUGAACACACACACACACACACACACACAUGUGUAUUCACAGCACCAGGUCUGCUAGAAAACUUUGAGAUGUGUAACCUGACAACCCUUUGAGUACUUUUUUCCCCUCAAGGUCAUCAUGGUUUUCAUAGGUCAUUUUGAAUUCCUGGUUGGAGAACAGAAGAUGAACUCAGCUUGGCUCUAACACUGCCGAGACAGGGAGCAUGGACUGGUUCUGGUUCCUGCUGUGGGUGGCAACUGAGCAGUUUUUUUCCUGGCUUGGAUUCUUCCAUUUGUUUCUUCUUUGCUGGUAAAUCUCCUGCAGAGCCUGGGGCUUCCCUGAAAUCCUCUCUUUACCACUAGGUAGGUUGGUGGCUCAAAGUUCAGAUUUUCCAGUCUGAGGGGAAGAUCUCAUCCUCCAGCCUGAGCUGGUCCUGGUUAGAAGCAACACCAGCAGUAAGCUCAUAUAUAAAGUCACAAAAUUAUUGGGAAUUCUCAGCAAUGUGUGAGCUCUUCUCUGGCCCAGCUGCUGGCAAAGAGCUUCACAGGUAUUGCAAGGUAAAGCACAUGUGACUUUCUGUGACUCUACCUUCUGCUGUUGACCACCAGAACUGAAUGAGCUGCCCAGUCUCCUCUUCCAAACGAGCCAUUCCUCCUGGAAAGGAGGCAAGAGCCUGCAGGAACCUCAGGCUUACAGCACCUACAUGUGAGACUGUUCUGGCCUGAACUGUGACCAGACGUUUUUGAAGCACAAGACCUGGUCUAAGAAAAAUUCUUCAUGGAGAUACCAGCCCAAACAGAGAAGGAAUGUUUUCAGCUGGUGUCGUGGCUUCAAGUGUCCCUUCCUACACAGGAUGAAGGGGAUACCCUUAGAGCAGCUCAGAUAGCGCAGGGAUGAGAGAUACACUGAAGACCAUGAGGACUGGGAAGCCCAGCAGGCCUGCUCAGAGUCCAGAGCAUCAGGAAACAUCUCCUGGGCCAAGCAGACGUGGCUGCAGAUGCGGAAGCAGCAGCCAGCAGAAGCAAAAAUCUGCUCUGCUUUGGAGAAGCAAAACUCAGGCCCUGCAGUUUAGCAGCACAACAGGAAGAGUUCCACUGCAGGCAUUCACUCCUGGGACAUGGAGUGUCCUCCUGCAGUUAAGGGUGCUUGUCCUUGGUGCCCUGUCCCAGCCCUGCUCCAUGCCCUGCUGGCCAUCACACAGCCAUGGAGCCUCGGGUUCCUCGUGCCAAGGGAUUUGUGGUUGCCUACAGACAGGACAAGUUUUAAUACCAGUGUAGGCUCAGGUCACAUCUGUGCAUAGCAGCAAUGUAGUAAUGAGCACUGAAGGGAAAAAAAUUCUAUUUAUAAACAAGGAAGAUGUGUCUAAACCAACAUCAUUCCAGCUGCUGUGCCAUGGCAGACACAAGCUGUAGAGGGCUCCCAGCCUGUAGUCACAGUAUUUCUUGCCUUCCACAUUUCCUUUACACAGAUGUGGUUAGUAUAAAACUCAUCUUUUCCCCUUCAAGUUAAUAUCCUUUUAGCUCUGUGGACAAUAAAAAUAAACCACAACCCCCAGCUUUUUCAUAGACUAGAAGCUCAUCCAAGCAUAUGAAACUUAGGAAAAACCCUUACAAACCCAAAGAUAGAGUUGGAGCUGGAUUUAUGCAGAUGGAGAGGUAAAAUUUUGCUGCCUGGAGAGUACCACUCUUACCCUCUGGGACCUUUUCGAGACCCAUUGCUCUGAUCCCCUGAGGUAACUCAUCUAAUAGAUUCUGUUCUGUCCUAGCUUCUGGAAUAGGCUUAGUCAGCCAGGCAGUGUGAAGAAAUACCACAGAAGGCAGUGCUCAUAGCUCAAAAAAGCACUUUUCCAGAUAAAGUGGAAAGUUCUGCUGCCUCAGGGAGUAGGAACAGCCUCCUGGAAGGUUGGUCUGGUGCUGUGUUAGGCCCAGUGUUCAAUAGGAACCCCAUGCAAUGCCUGGUGUCAUCUGCAUUUUGGGAGGCUCGUUCCCUUCUCAAACUCACCUUUUGGGAGAUUUAAUUUGAUUUGUUUCUCAGUGGUUUAAAGUCUCCUGAAUACUUCUCUAGCUGUUUGUUUUUUUGUUUUUUUUUUGAGGGGGACACUUAACUACUUGAAACAGAAGCUUCAGUCUAUGUUGGUCAAGACAUUGGGAGGCUGAUGGAUCAGCUCUUAUGGAGCAGGAGCCACCAGCUGCCUUCUCUUCACACUCUUCCUGUAUGAGAAGGGGGGAAGUCAAGUCUCUGCAGACCAGGACAGAUGGCAGCUUGUAAAGGAGGCAUGGGUUCUUAGAAGGUGUUUUUUUCCAGCAGUUCCCCAAGAACAUGUACAUCACUUCUACUGGAAAACACAACACAGGGCUCUAUUGAUAAAGAAAAAGCAGCCCCAGACAAAAGGUGGGGUUUGCUCUCCUGAGCUGAUCUCAUUUCUAUGUCAUGCAGUGGAAAGUUUGGUCAUUUUUUUGUUUGGUUGAACUUUUACAACUAUUUUAUCUUCUCCACAAUGCUGUAAUUGGGCAAGAGCAUCAUCACAGUGGAUCUUCUGUAACCAGUUUGCUGUUGCCCAGGUGCUGCAUUUUCAGACAUAACAGGCAGAAUGAAAUAUUUUAAUGUAACCUAAUCCCCAGAAACUACAGCAGGUUUAUAAACAAAUAUAUUCCUGCAGAGACUAUCUCAGAGAUCUGAGAGAUACAGUAAUGUGCUCCCACGAAGCAAUGUAUUUAUGAUCUAACCAUCCAAGAACACAGUUUUCUCAAUUGUCAUUUUUCUGGCUGUCUAAAUUUAAAGUCCAAGUGACAGCCUCUCAUGAAAAAGAAAUCCCAAACAAAUUCUGGUUUCUUUGGCUUCAGUCAUCUGCCAGUUUUUCCACCAUCAUUUCUUUAAAAAUUUCUGCUUUCUAUUAUGAAUGCAUCACUUUUUAUAUUCAUAUAUCCAUUCAAUAUUUAGAGUCUCACAACACCUCCAUAGAAUCCUUUCAGAUAUUUUGAGAAUUCUAGAAACGGUGCUUUACCAGUACUCAAAGGGUUUUAUGUUUUAUUUUAUUACAUAAUGCAUUUAAUGUCUUAUUUACUCACCUACAAUGCACAGUAUUAGCUAUGUUCCUCUGAAUAUCUAUAUGCAACUUCCAUUCACUUACAUAUGCCUUCACAGAAAUUGCAAUAAAUAGCCAUUUCUUGUAUAUUAAAAA